AUGCAGCAACAUCUUCUGACCUGCUUUAAAUGCCCACAAGCCGUAAAAAAACAAAUUAACGAUGUCAAUAAGUCACAAUCCAACUUAACACCAGAAUCCACAACCACUUCCUUGAACUCGGAGAACACAUCGGCCGAGAAUAUUAGAGAUUUAAGAGAAGAGUUUGCGAAGGCUCUAUUAAUCACGGGAACACCUCUAGCAAUGGUAGAACACCCAUUAAUGGAUUUCUGGUCUAUGAUAGAACAAUCCAUCAGUGUUCUUGAGCUUAUAGCAGAAAGUAUCUUUAAACUAGAAGGCAACGAAUUCAACAUACAUGAAGUAUUUAUGGUGCUAAGAAACCUGAAAUCAAAGUUAGAAUUUGUGUUACCAACAAUCACAAUGCUGGAUGACGACAGCAAGGAGAACAUAAAAACUUAUAUUGAAAAACGAGUUAAGCAGUGCAUAAAACCCAUACAUUAUGCGGCCUACGUGUUUGAUCCUAAAUCUGCAGGCAUUGUACUAAAUCAGGCGGAAGAAACUGAAGCCAUGGAAUUAAUCUAUAACCUCGCUGAGCAUUGCAACAUUGACUGUCUUGCUGACCUGGCUAAAUAUAAAGCUAAAGAAGGUCUUUGGAGCAAACCAUUUAUUUGGAAGGCCGCUGAGAAAGUAAAUCCUAUUUUAUGGUGGAAGGGGAUAUGUGGCUCAAGUCAGUUAAGUAAAGUUGCACCUAGAGUAUUGACUGCACUUUGUACGUCAGCAGCCACCGAACGGUCGUUCAGCACACAGGGAUUUAUACAUAGUGCUAAAAGAAACCGUCUCACGUCAGGAAGAGCGGCGAAAAUAACUUUCUUAUCGUAUAAUUGGAACUUAUUAAAUAAAGGUGAAAACAUUAAUCGUGUUUACAGUGAAGAUACUGUUCCAGAAAGGUCCGACAUGGAAGACAUAGAUGAUGAUAUGUUGCACGACGUUGCCAUGGAGGGUCACAUGCAUGAGGAUAUAGAAUCUUCUCUCAUGGAGGAUAUAUGGGAAGAUAUGGAACCAGUAGCUUCAACUUCACUACAAACUAAUCAUUGA